AUGCAUUACUUGUUGUCCACCUUCGCCGCUGGGUGGCUCAUUGCCCCCGCCCUGGUGCUUGGCCACUCCAUCGGCAUCAGAUCUGGUAGGGCUACUCUAUGCGCCACAAAUGGACGCCAAGUCACCCAUAAUGAUAGCAACAUCUGGCCUUGGCAGACCUAUCAGUCCUCCAACAUCACGCCACCGUACCUGACGAUCAAUCGUACCGGAGAAGAUCUAGCAUCGGGCCUGCUCUUCAUUGGUCAGGAGAAUGACCAAAGCACAGGUGUGAAGCAAGUAUCGCCAUUCAUCCUCACGGAUGACAAUGAGCUUGUCUGGGGUGGACCCGAGGGGGAUUCAUCCAAUUUUCGACAACAGUAUUGGGGAGACCAGUCUGUCAUCACCUUCUGGGUCGGCACGGGCAAGGCUGCGUAUGGCGCCGAUGCUGGUCGAGGCUGGGGUGAGGUACAGAUCUAUGACGAUCAGUACAAUCUGAUCAAAUCAGUCUGCCCUCAAUUGAAUUUGACCAUGCCAACCGACACUACUACCGAUUGUGAUGCGGAUGUGCAUGAAUCUUUCAUUACUGAAGACAACACCAUCCUGGUGACGGCAUACAACACAACCCAAGCUGACCUCACGUCCCUUGGUGGCCCUAAGGAUGGAUGGGUAUACGACUCUAUCGCAGUUGAGAUCGAUCUGGAGACCAAUGAGCCGGUCUUUAUUUGGAGCCCCCUGGCACACUUGGAGAUCAAUGCGACCCAUGAAGAAUAUUCCGGGUCCAACCAGACGGAUCCCUUCGAUUGGUUCCAUAUCAACUCCGUUCAGAAGUGGAAUGACCAUUAUUUGAUUAACUCGCGUCACUUAUGGCGUACAUACUUGGUCAACCGUCAGGGAGAGAUUGUAUGGUACAUUGAUGGAGAGAACGGAGGGACCUUUGGUAGCUUGCCAAAUGAUGUCACAUUCUCCUGGCAACACAUGGCCCGCAUCCGCAAUGUCUCCUCUACUCAGGCUCUUAUCAGCUGGUUCGCCAAUGACCUGGACACAGCGACUAGCACGGUCCCUUCGAAAGGCCUCACACUCCGCCUCACUCUUCCUCCGAGCCCAGAGCACCCGCCUGAGUUGGUGACUAAUUUCUACGAUCAUCAAUACCCAGUUUCAUCUGCCGCAGAGGGCUCUUUCUUCCCAUUGCCUAAUGGAAACACCUUGAUGGGAUACGGUGAUGAGCCGUAUAUUAAGGAAUACGGUCCUUCGGGAGAUGUACGAUGGUCGGCUCAAUUUGCUGGAUAUAACCUCGGUCAAAGCUAUCGUGCAUAUAAGCAAGAGUGGCACGCAACCCCAUCCACUCAACCAAAUUUGGUAGUUAGCAAAGCUACUACGGGGGAUGAUCUGGAACAGUGCGCGGGCAAAUCAUCCACUCUGCGAGGAUAUGUCAGUUGGAAUGGUGCCACAGAUGUCGAAAAGUAUAGAGUAUAUGCUGGAAGUGAUGCUAAUUCCCUCAAACUACUGGGUGAUAUCGACAAGAAGGGUUUCGAGACAAAAUUCUCUAUUCCCAAAGGGAUCAAAGCGGUGGAGGUUGCUGCAAUCCAAGCGGGCAACAUUAUUCGCAAGUCAGAGAUUGUGCACGUCUGA